AUGUCGACGCCCUUCACGACAGCCCUCCUCGCCGGCGGCCUCGCCGGCACAACAGUCGACCUCUCGCUCUUCCCCCUCGACACCCUCAAGACCCGCCUGCAGUCGCGCGCCGGCUUCUUCCCCUCGGGCGGCUUCACAGGCAUCUACCGCGGCGUCGGCUCCGCCAUCGUCGGCUCCUCCCCCGGCGCCGCCUUCUUCUUCUGCACCUACGAGGCCGCCAAGGCGCGCCUCACCGACCCCGCCCGCCCCGGCCCGCUGCCCGCCCCCGCCGCCCACAUGGUGGCCGCCUCCCUCGGCGAGGUCGCCGCCUGCGCCGUCCGCGUGCCGACAGAGGUCGUCAAGCAGCGCACCCAGGCCGGCCGCCACCCGUCCUCGGCCAGCGCCCUCGCCUCCAUCCUCGCCCUGCGCGCCGACCGCGGCCUCGUCGGCGUCUGGCGCGAGCUCUACCGCGGCUGGGGCAUCACCGUCAUGCGCGAGGUGCCCUUCACCAUCAUCCAGUUCCCCCUGUGGGAGCGCCUCAAGGCCUGGGGCCGCGCCCGCAGGCAGCGUGCUGCUGCCGCCGCCGCCGCCGGGGGCAACGCCAGUGAUCUGGCCGCCGUGGCCGACGUUGGCGCCGUCGAGAGCGCCCUCUACGGCAGCGCCGCUGGUGCCGUGGCCGCCGGUCUGACGACGCCGCUCGACGUGCUCAAGACGAGGGUCAUGCUGUCCGAGCAAAAGGUCAGGGUCGCUGACGUCUUGCGGAGCGUGUGGCGCGAGGAGGGCUGGAAGGCCUUCUUUGCCGGCACCGUGCCGCGCAUCACCUGGAUCAGCAUCGGCGGCGCCAUCUUCCUGGGCAGCUACCAGUUUGUCGUCAACACAAUGCAGACCACGCGCGACAACGAGAGGCGCCUGGCCGAGGGAGUUCUGUGA